UGGACACACCGCCCGGCCACUCCACUCGGCUCCACCCAGCGUUGAGGGAGACCCGAAGAGGCUGGAGCCGCGGACUCUAGGGUGGGUUUUCAGGACAGAACCAGCAGGCGCCUACUCUGCUCUCGGGAGAGUGGGGAUUCGGUGAACUAUGAAGGGCCGGCGGCGGCGGCGCCGAGAGUACUGUAAGUUCACGCUGCUCUUGGCGCUGUACACUCUUCUGCUACUCCUCGUCCCCUCUGUACUGGACAGCCGCAGCGAGCAGAACAAGGGCGGCAGGCACUGCCCCGGCCUGCAGCGCAGCCUGGGUGUGUGGAGCCUGGAGGCGGCGGCGGCAGGGGAACGUGAGCAGGGCUCUGAGGUGCGGUCCCAGGCCGAAGGAAACCCGGAUCGAUCCCCCGGAUCCCCCGGCAACCUCAGCGUCGUCGGUGAGGCGGCGACCCAAGAGAAGCAACACAUCUAUGUGCAUGCCACCUGGCGCACCGGCUCCUCCUUUUUGGGAGAACUCUUCAACCAGCACCCGGACGUUUUCUACUUGUACGAGCCCAUGUGGCAUCUGUGGCAGGCGCUGUAUCCGGGCGACGCGGAGAGCCUGCAGGGCGCGCUGAGAGACAUGCUGCGCUCCCUCUUCCGCUGUGAUUUCUCUGUGCUGCGCCUGUACGCGCAGCCCGGGGACUCAGGGGAGCGAGCGCCGGACUCGGCCAACUUCACCACAGCCAUGCUUUUUCGCUGGCGGACCAACAAGGUCAUCUGCUCGCCGCCUCUGUGCCCCGCCGCGUCCCGGGCGCGCGCGGACGUGGGCCUCGUCGAGGAUAAAGCAUGCGAAAGUACCUGCCCGCCAGUGUCUCUCCGCGCCCUGGAGGCCGAGUGUCGCAAGUACCCAGUGGUGGUUAUCAAGGACGUGCGGCUGCUGGACCUGGGAGUGUUGGUCCCCCUGCUGCGUGACCCGGGCCUCAACCUGAAGGUGGUGCAGCUCUUCCGAGACCCGCGGGCGGUGCACAACUCGCGCCUCAAGUCGAGGCACGGACUGCUGCGCGAGAGCAUCCAGGUGCUGCGCACGCGCCAGAGGGGUGACCGCUUCCACCGGGUGCUGCUGGCGCACGGCGUGGGUGCCCGUCCAGGAGGCCAGGCCCCGGCGCUGCCCUCGGCGCCGCGCGCCGAUUUCUUCUUAACCAGCGCGCUUGAGGUGAUCUGUGAGGCGUGGCUGCGCGACCUGCUGUUCACCCGCGGCGCGCCCGCCUGGCUGAGGCGUCGCUACCUGCGGCUGCGGUACGAGGACCUGGUGUGGCAGCCCCAAGCCCAGCUGCGCCGCCUGCUGCGCUUCUCUGGGCUGCGGACACUCGCCGCGCUUGAUGCCUUCGCAUUCAAUAUGACGCGUGGCUCGGCCUAUGGAGCGGAUCGUCCCUUCCACUUGUCUGCGCGGGACGCCCGAGAGGCUGUGCACGCCUGGCGCGAGCGUCUGAGCCAAGAGCAGGUGCGCCAGGUGGAGGCCGCCUGCGCCCCUGCUAUGCGACUGCUCGCCUACCCUCGCAGCGGGGAUGAGCGCGACGUGAAGACUGUGAAGACCGUCAGGGAAGGGGAGACUCCACCGGAGAGCAAGGCCAACUGGGCUGUGUAACACCCUGAUCCCUGACCCCUGCCCUGGGGUGUAUUCAGGCCAGUGGCCAUAAACAGGUGAGUUCAGCAUGCUGCACCAGCACUGGAGAGGCUGCAUGGUGGAGGCAAUCUAUCACACUGUCAGACACUGGGACUGAUUUGGUACCAACUGCUGUGCAAAUCUGCUGGUCAGGAGCAUCACAAGCUGUUAAGUAAUAACAGACGCAUUGGCUGAGAUGAAGUUUCCAGAAAGGAAGUGACAGUGCAAUGUGGAUAUUUGUGACAAAAAAAAAAAGGAAAAGCUUUACUUCCCAGGCUGAACUUGGCUCAGCUUGAGCCAUUUCAACAAGUCAUCCUCACAAUAAUGAAAGGAUGUGAUCUGGUUUGAUUUCACAUCAGCAGAUGUCUGGACAAAACCAUCAACGUGAAUAAGGGCCAAGUGCAGUUAUGUCUAUCUUGAUUAAAUUACUUCAUAUUAAAUAAAAGGUCUGGCUGG